UUAAACUGUCCUUCCACUCCUUCUAAUUUCCACCACAAGCAGCGUUGUCUAAUUUCGUCCAAUCAAAUAGAUAGUUAGGCUUAGAUAAGCUAUUGGCCUUGCGGCUUUGACGCAAAUCCUCGUCUUCCUAGUUCCCACUCGGAAUUCCAAAUCCUACUCCCCAUUUAAUCCUCUCCCCAAACCAAACUUCCAAAAUCCAAGAAUCCCUAAGCAUUCCACACCAUGUUCGUCUUCUCCUCCAGGGCCAGCGUGCCCUUCGCCGGCGCGUUCUUCACGCCGUCCGGCCUCUCCGGUACCGCGCUAAUACAAACCCUAGCUCGACUCUCUCACGACCUCUCCAUCUCCUCCCCGCUCCAGCGCCGGAACUCCAGAUCUCUCCUCCGGUGUAUCAAGAUCCUCUCCACUUUCUUCGAAUCGCUUCUUGAAUCCGAACUCUCGCCGUCUUCGUCUUCCUCUGCUGAUCUUUGUUUCAAGGAGCUCUAUGUUUUGGUUUACCGCGCUAAGGCUCUUCUUCACUGCUGCUCCCAUUCCGGCCGUCUAUGGCUUUUGAUUCAAAGCCAUCGUGUUUCUGGUUAUUUUCAUGAUCUCUGUCGCGAGAUCUACACCCUUCUUGAUAUCCUCCCUCUUGGUGAUUUCAAGAAUCUCGCCGGAGAAACGCGGGAACAGAUCGAACUUCUUCGGCGGCAGCUGAGGGAAUCGAAGCUUUUCUUUGAUCCUCAUGAGGAGUCUCUCCGGCGAAUGGUUUUCUCUUUCUUGGAUGGUUUCGAGAAUGGUUGUGUUCCCGAUCAGGGUGAGCUCCGGGAAGCUUUCAUCCAGAGAUUGGGGAUUCGUAGCGCCAGUGCUUGCCGAGCUGAGGUUGAUUUCCUGGAAGAACGUAUCCACGUUGAUGAUCGAGAAGAUGAUGACGCCGAUCCGGCCACGCUGAGCGCCAUGGCGGCGCUCGCUCGGUAUUCGAGGUUCGCUCUGUUUGGUUUUCAAGAAGAUGAGGUUGAUCGGAAUGGGAGAACUUUGAAAAAAGGCGUAGUUUCUCGCGAGCUCGCCGAGCAAUCGCUUUCAAUCCCUAAAGAUUUCUGCUGCCCUGUUUCAUUGGAUUUGAUGCGAGACCCGGUCAUCAUCUCCUCCGGUCAAACAUACGACCGUGAAUCCAUCUCUCGAUGGUUGGAAGACGGCCACUGUACCUGUCCCAACUCCGGCCAGACGCUAAACCACACGAGUCUCGUCCCCAACCGCGCUCUCCGGAGCUUGAUAUCCCGGUGGUGCGCCGCCAAUAGCAUCGCCUACGAUUCUCCGGAGACCGGCAGCGAGAUCGCAGCCGCCGCAGCGUCGAGCAAAGCAGCAGCUGGAGCUACCAGAGCAACAGUGGACCUUCUGGUUCGCCUUCUCUCCAGUGGUUCCGAUGAGGCCAAGACCGUCGCCGUCCGUGAGCUCCGGUUCCUCGCAAAAACCGGCAGGGAUAACCGCGCCUGCAUUGCGGACGCCGGCGCAAUCCCUCUCCUCCACCUUCUCCUCCUUUCAUCCAACCCCAUAGCUCAAGAAAACACAGUCACCGCCAUCCUCAAUCUCUCUAUCUUGGAUAAAAACAAGGACUUGAUAAUGUCCGAGCAUGGAUGUCUCCGUUCGAUCGUGUACGUGCUGAGGAAUGGAUGGACAACGGAGGCGAGAGAGAACGCGGCUGCCACCUUGUUUAGUCUCUCCGCCAUCCACGACUACAAGAAGAUGAUAAUGGCAGAGCCAGGCGCAGUGGAAGCGCUAGCAGAAUUGUUAAUAAUCGGAAGCUCAAGAGGAAAGAAGGACGCAGUGACGGCAUUGUUCAAUCUCUCAACGCACCCGGAGAGCGGCGAGAAGAUGGUCAGCUCCGGAGCGGUAUCCGCAUUGGUGUCAGCGCUGGGGAUGGAAGGAGUGGCGGAAGAGGCCGCCGGCGCGCUGGCGAUGCUGAUGAGGCAAGUAAUAGUGGCGAGUGAGGUGGGGAAGGAGGAUAAGGCAGUGGCGGGGCUUGUUAGAUUGAUGAGAAGUGGAAGUCCGAGGGCGAAGGAGAACGCGGUUGCGGCGUUGAACGAGAUGUGCCGGAGUGGAGGUGCAGCGAUGACGAAGAGAGUGGCGAGCACGCCGGCGCUUGGUGCGUUGAUACAGACGUUGUUGUUCACGGGGACGAAGAGGGCGAGGAGGAAGGCGGCGUCGCUGGCGAGGAUGUGCCAGAGGUGUGAGACUCUGCCGGCGACGAUGUCUUUGGCUGGUGGAUGGGGGAUUGAGUACGUUUUGGGGAGGAGUAGUACGAUGACCAGAGGGGGUGGUGGUGGUGGUGGUGGUGGUGGUCCUGAUGUGCCGGUGGCUGGGCUGGUGGCUAUUUCAGUGCCAGUGCUUUAGUUCAGUGAGAUUGUUUUAUCUCUCUAACUAUACAUACAUUCUUUUAUUCAUUGAUAUUAUUAUUAUUAUUAUUAUUAUUAUUAUUUACACGAGGACAGAUUAAAAAGUGAAUACUUUUGUACGAAUGGGCAUUUAAUGUUUCAUGGUUUUGGGAAGAGAUUUGGAGAGAGAGAGAGAUAGAGUGAUUUGUGUUACUGUUAGGAUUUGAGAUUGAUAUCUUUUGUUAUUAUAUAUAUAUACAGAUAUAUUGUGGAGAUUUGGUUUUUGGAUUUAAUAACAUUGGGGGGAAUACUUAA